UUUAGUCACAAUUAUUGUUACUAUUGAAACUCGGAAGGACUAAAGAGACACUUCUGGCUCCGAAGUUCCAUGCUGCGGAUCUCUGCAUUAGAUCCUCCAUCCAUCCAUCCAUACAUCCAUCUUCUUCCGCUUAUCCGGAAGCGUCAGGAGACCUCGUUCAUUUAUUUAUUUUACAAUUUUGUAAACAACAGCUGCCGAUUAAACUGAAUAUUACAACCUUGACAUGAUUAUAUGAGUUGUUUUUACUGAGAAAUUUAUUAGAAGCGCCGUGAAAAUGGUCACAUCCGCCACAUCCGCUUCUCAGGCUGCAAGGCGCGCUCCCGAUACAGGGGGAACAGAUUUUCACAGGGGAACCGAAUUUCGCACACAAGAUCUCUUAUGUCCAUGCGACACCUGAGUUAAUCAUGGCGUACCAUUUGAAAGACAAAGAAGCCUACGAAAGACUGAACUAUCUGUACCAGGCUGCGCACUGUGUCUUAUCUCAAAACCCAAACAACGUGGAGUUGGCUCGGUUCUACUGCUUCACACAGAAAACGAUAGCGAGACGGCUGGUUCUCAGGCAAGACCCAUCAGUGAAGAGAACUGUGUGUAAGAAAUGCUGCUCACUGCUCAUCCCCGGUGUGACUGCCACAACAAGACAGCGGAGAAAAAAUAAAAAGAAUCGCUUUACUGUAGUGAGGUGUCUCGGCUGCGGCCAGACCAAGAAUCUACUGAAUAAUCCAGGUCAUUGUUUGUGGGCGGACCGACCCGAGGCGCAGCUGGAGCAGCGGAAACAAUCUGAUCCAGGCCCUUCAGCUAAAAAUCAGCCUAAAUGCCCAAAAGCUGAUGGGUCCCAGUCUUCGAAAACACAUGACGCUCAGAGUUCUACCAGCUCAUAGGUUGUUAUGUUUUAUUU